CAGGAAAUUGUCCUCAUCAGUGAAAGCCCGGCAGUGGGCAGGUAUCCCAGAGUGGAAAAUCCGUUUCAGGCUACUGACAACGUGGGAGUCAGCUCCAGCAUUGGUCAGAGCUUCAAUGGUCGCAGUGUGGUUCCUGUGGGCAGCAACAUGCGGCCCACCAAUCCACCGGACCAGAUCAGCCACACUCCCGUCAAAGUACAACAGGGCGGCAGUGGCCAUCUUGACACGGUUGAGGUUCAACUCGGUCUCCGUUUCCCAGCCAGCUGGGUAUCCACGGAUUCCGCGGAAACCGGUAGUCCAAAGCUCAGAAAGGAGCUCUUUGAGAACAAGGGCAGGGUAGUAGGCGGUGCAAAAUGCUAG